GCCUACUGUCAGCGACCAUGAGCACUCUCACGAGCCACCUGCAGAACCUGGCCAGUGCGUUUGGCAUGCGCGGCAAUGUGAAACUGUUGACUGCAAAACUCAAAGACGGAGCGCCUUUGGCAUAUGGCAUCGCGCAAGUGGUGGACUCGGUUGGCGCGUUGGAGAGCAUGCUGACCUCACUUGCAGGGUCCAAGCAACUGGCGGUCGACGCUGAAGGCAUCAGUCUCGGACGCACCGGCAAGCUAUGCCUGCUGUCCAUCGCCCCGGCGCCGCCCCCCGGCGCACCCGCCGACACCCCGGCUCCCGUGUUCCUGCUGGACGUCAGCGCACUGGCCGCCACCGCUUUCAAGCACAGGCCUGCAGCUGGCACCUCCUCGGGGGCCGCUGGCGGCGGCGGGCCGGUGCGCACUCUGCAGGAGGUGCUGGAGUGCGGGCGUGUGACCAAGCUGCUGUACGACGUGCGCUGUGACGCGGAGGCGCUGUACCACCAGCACGGCGUCAGGCUGGGCGGAGCGGUGGACCUGCAGCUGGCAGAGGUGGCGUACCGGCGCUACGGCCCGGCCAUGCGGCGAGUGGGCUAUGUGGUGGGGCUGGCGCGGGCACUGGAGACGUACCUGAGCCCGGAGCUGCGGGAGCGCUGGCGGGCGACCCGGGUGGACAAGGGGGCGCUGAGGGACGCGUACGAGCGCGACCCGGGGUACUGGGACCGCCGGCCGCUGACGCAGGAGCAGGUGCGGUACGCCUCGGACGACGUGCUGUACCUGCACCACCUGCACGCCCAGUUCAAAGCCGCGCUGCAGCCAGUCAUCCUGGAGCGGGUGGCUCGCUUCAGUGACUACCGGAUACAGGACAGCAUCAAGCCCGCCGCCGCCAACACCAAUGAGGCGGCGCAGGACGCCAGCCGAGUUAUGGCGCCGGCGGGGCUGUGAUUGCAUGCCCCGAUGGAGAGUGGCGACCGGAGCGAUGCGGGCGGUCGGGUUGGACCCGUGCGGCACCCGUGCGGUUCAGUUCGAGCCGUGACGCAGGCCGCCCGUGACACGCCCGUGACCGGGUCGUUGG